GUCUCAUUAAAAGACAUAAUGCCUGCUCAGCAUUCUUAACACAAUCCACUGUCGAAGAUCAAGUUUAAGAUUAGUAAAAAGGUGGAAUCUCUUUGUCAAUGCAAUCAAAAAAGUUGUUUAAUCUGUGCUCGAAAAAGAUCAUCCUCAAUGUUGAGUAUCAAAAAUUCGUUGGUGGUUGAUGAAAGCUCACCUGUAUCUAAAAGAACAGUUGAUCAGAAAGCUAUUUUAGUAUAAUAAGCUGUCGUCUCAAAAUAAAUAUCAAGACAACAAUCAAAUCAUGUCAUUCAUCACAGUUAUUAUAGUGGCAAAUAAAUCAAUAAUACUACUUCAACCACAAUGGUUAAUAAUUCUCGGACCAGAAAGACAUCUCUUGAAUCCUCCCCUCCCAAGGAAAAUGGUAAACUUAUUAGAAUCUAUUAUUAUAGUAAUCGGAAGACAUUCCUUCAAAUUUCUAUAUGUAAUUGGAAAAGGUGGCUUUGGAAAGGUUUGGAGAGUUGAAAUGAAAGCCAAUCGCUAAGAAUAUGCACUUAAAGAAAUGUUGAAAUCCAAGUAUCUUUUUAUCUGAAUCAUUAUUAGAAUCAUCUCCAAAAGGUCUGUUAAUUCUGUGAUGAAUGAAAAGUAUCUACUCGAACAUCUCAAACAUCCUUUUCUGGUCAAUAUGCAUUAUGCAUAUUAAGACAGAGAAAACUUAUACUUGGUCCUGGAUUUACUCAGAGGAGGAGACCUCAGAUAUCAUAUUGGUAGAAAUACCAGAUUCUCUGAAGAUUAAACAAGUACCCCAUUAAUUUAUAUCUAAAGAGUUUUUUGUCUGUUGUAUUUUAUUGGCUCUCUAAUAUUUACAUUAAAAUGGCAUAAUCCAUAGAGAUGUAAAACCUGAAAAUCUAGUUUUCGAUAAAGAUGGAUUCUUAAGAUUAACUGACUUGGGUGUAGCUAGAUUAAAUAAGGAUUCUACAGCUAGUGAUACCUCAGGAACUCCUGGUUACAUGGCACCUGAAGUUAUGUGUAGACUUGACCAUUCAUUUCCUGUCGAUUAUUAUGCACUUGGAGUUAUUGCUUACGAGUUACUCCUUGGAAAAAGACCAUAUAAUGGCAAGAAUAGAUAAGAAAUUAGAGAUCAGAUCCUAGCCAAAUAAGUUUAAAUUAAAGAUGAAAGGUUCUCUCCGAAAGCACAGGACUUCAUUAAUAAAGUAAUCUCUAUAAGUUUAAUCUAUAGCUACUCAUAAGAAAGCCUUAACAAAGGUUAGGCCACAAUGGAAUUGAGGAGAUUUUUGAGCACCAAUGGCUGAAAGGAUAUCCUUGGGGCAAGUUGAUCAAUAAAGAAAUCAAAUCCUAAUAUGUUCCUGGGGUAUAGAUUUUAAUAAGUUCUUAGAGCAUAGACGGAAAUUUUGAUUUUCAAAGUUAAAUCUCUGCUGAUAGCGAACCCUAAGAAGAUGCCGCAUCUCUCAUCAGAAGAAAAAGUGUUUAAUGUUUAUUUGAAGGAUACAAAUUUCAAUGA